ACAGUACACUUAAAAAAAUGAAUAUCAUUAAAAAGUUCCUUUAUUUCGGUAAUUCAGUUCGAAUUGUGAAACUCAUGUAUUGUAUGAUAAUGUAUAGAUCUAUUACACACAAAAGUGAUCUAUUUUAAGUGUUUGUUUCUUGUUUAUUAUGGCUUACAGCUAAUAAAAACCCCAAAAAUCAAGGUCUCAGAAAAAAAUAUAUAUUACUUCUGACCAAUUGUCCUGCUGGAAAAUGAAAUCUGUAUCUUCAUAAAAGUUGUCAGCAGAGGCACGCUGCACUGACAUUGGACUUGAUAUAACACAGUGAAGCAUCACCAGCAGAUGUCAUGGCUCUCCAAACCAUCACUAAUUUUGGAAGCUUCACACUAGACCUCAAGCAGCUUGAACUGUGUGCCUCUCCACUCUUCCUCCAGUGUUCAUCCACAGUUAUAUCAAGUCCAAAGUCAGUGCAGUAAUUUCCAGGGAAAUAUUACAGCACUUUAUGCUUCCCUCUGCUGACGUUUAUGUAGAUGUAGAUUUCAUUUUCCUGCAGGAUUAGCACAUUGCCCACACUGCUAAAAAGUCUCAUUUGGUCUUAUAUUGUAUUUUUUAAAAAUCUGGGACACUGUUCUUUGGGUUUUCAUAUAUGUAUGGAAGCAUGGCCGCACACGCAUCCAAAUAAACUCCUGAAAAAAAAUCCUUGUUAAAAAUCUAUAAUCCAUAACCACUAUAUUACCACAGUUUCAAUAUUUUAUGGGCAUUUUCCUCAUAACAUGCAUUAAAAUUAUAGUAGUUUGUCUCAGUAGUUAACUAGCUAGCUAACUUUCUUGUUCUACUUUAAAUGGUGCAACAGACAACAGAGACUGCAGUAUUUAAGGAAUGAAAAGAUAAAACAGUGUUGAAGCUAAAAUAAAAGCUCAUAUCAGCUCCCUAUCACAGAGGAAUUAAGAAAUUGGCAAUAAUAAUUAAUUACUGCACCACCUGCUCCCUUUCUGAAGACUUACGAUGCCCUAAAGUUAAUAAGUUAACCAGCAGCUAGGUUACUGAAGUUUAGCACUCUACUGCUAUAGUUAUAUCUGUACUGAGUGCUUAAAUGGUUAUCCCAAUUCUUAUGGAGGAGGAUUUCACCCCUUUCCCUGGUUCCAAGGGUUACACUCGAAAACAAGGGGUAGGGGUACAUAAGAGAAAUGGGAUUGGGUCUAAAUGUGCACAUGUAUUGCAAGUGGUAGCUAGGUAGCCUGAAAACUGUUGGGAGAUUCUAGUAAAAGUUAACUUUAACUGAUAUUUUCCCAAUUUAUCUAAGAAACUUCUAAUAAAACAAGGAAAGCUUGGGGAAUUUAGGACUGGAUGGAGAAUGGAAAGAGCUUCUAGGGAAAGUACCUGUAGCUGGGACUGUCCUGCAGGGGGCGGGACAUCACUCUCAUUGGGGAAUACCAGGCAAAGCCAAAAAGAAAAGCAGCAAGGGCUUCUCAUAUACUGGGAGUGUGUGUGCGUGUGUGAUACAAGGAUAUAUGCUGAGUUACAUACACCUUGAGCUAAAUGGUAGUAGCAUUAACUAGAAAAGUUAAAUAGAAGUCAAAGAGAGCAAAACAGAAACAUGUCAAAGUUUUUAAAAACGCUUACUUCUUCAGUAAAGAGGAAAAGUUGGACCAAGGAAGAAGACAGCAGGACACUUCUAGGAAACUCUGCUGAGGAACAUGACCAGGUGAAUGGAGGUUGCACAAAUCAAACAUGCUUGAAUAGUGCAGUCCAGUGUGGAGCAAACCCUGAGGAACAUGCCAAGAGUGUCAUGUCCAUUCUCCGGGUUGUCCUUCUAGAAGAAAGGUCCCAGGAGCUGAAAGAAGCUGCAGAGCAGGUCAAACAAUGGGCAACGCUAAACAGUGUUACACUGGAGGGAAGAAAUCGUGGCUACCCUCAAAGAUGGUUGAGAGAGUACCUAAUUAUUGUGAAAUUGUCUGUAGAGAAACACUUUCCUGCCCUGCCACCAGACGGGGCUGAAAAUUCGUACAAUGAGACAGUGGAAUACCUGAAAAAUGCAAAGAGGUCAGUGUGUAUGAAGCUGACAGGUCUGGCUGAUGUUUUAGAGGAUGCAGGACUGCUGAGUUACCUGGUUGACAGCUAUAAUCACCGCCUGUUUGCUGUGUUGGAAAUAUUAAUGGACAGAAGUUCAUCAAUGAAAGAGGCUCUCUUCCUUCUGCAGUGGGUGACGCAGACAUACGUAAGUCAUGGCUCAAACAUCAAGGAUGAUGUACUUAGAGUGUCUGACCCUCUGUUGCUGACUGGAUGGAUUGAAAAGUCAAAGCAGAAGAUCCUUACACUCUAUCAGGACAACAUCUCCACAGCACUACAGGGGGUCCUGCUGUACAAUGAGGCUAAAUGCGAUUACAGCAAGGAGGAGGAACUCAUUAAAAUACAUUUAGAUGUUCUUCAGUGUCUCAAUGGUGCUGUUGAGGAGACAAAAACCAUCAGCCCCAUUCUGAUGACAGCUGUUCAACAAAUUUGCUGUGAUGAACUCCACGUCUUUGUUCAGAGGUAUGUGAAUACUGAGAAAAAACAGCUGGAGGUGCAGAAGCCCAGUGAAACAUAUUUACUGCAUCUCUUCCGAUUAACAAACACCUGUAGGCACCUAAGGUUUUAUGCUUUGACUAUUAUGGAAGCAGACAACAACAGAGACUCGGCCACUGUUCAGAUGUUAAAGAAUAUGGAGGCUCAGGUUUCAGUUUGUCUACAGAAGUGGAUUUCAGGCAUAGCUGAGGAGCAUCUAAAGAAGUAUUUCGAGGAACAGGAUGCCCACUUAAACAGAUUAUUGGAAAAUAUCAGAAAAAUAUUUACAUCUCUUGUUCAAAUAGGAAACCAUGGAGAGGAAACAAAAACAGACAUUGUGAAUGUAGCGUACCAGAGCGUAACUAGAGCUUACCUGCGGUGUCUGGUAAAGAGGAAAUGCAAAAAGUUAGAAAAAAGGUGGGGGGACGUUGACAAGCAGAUGAUGAGGGAUGCUGAACUGUUUCACGAUGUCUUCCCAAAACAGGGUACCAGUUGUAAUGGGCAGAAAACGUUUCUGCUGAAGAUGAGUGAAAUUGUAGGUACUACUGAUGUAGAGAGUCUAAAGCUUGACUGUGCAGCCCUGUGCAAAAACUUCCCUAAGGAGAGCAAAGAACACCUACCUGCCCUGCUGAAGUGGAAACGGAGAUUGUCAAAUUCGCAGAGGAAUAAAAUACUGGCGGCCAGUAAAGAGGCCUUUCAAAAUGGAGAUGAUUUUACUACCUGCUCCCAGUGGUGGAGCUACUGCCUCUGCUGCACGUGAUGACAGCAACCUUAUUAGUAUCAAGGAGAACUAAUGAAAUGGUCAGUGAUCAGAUAUAUUUCAGACCAAACAUUGAACAGGCCUUUCCUACUGCUGUGUGAUGAAGAUGUGAUGAAGCUGUUGCCUGAAAAAGUGGUUAUGGCUGAAUAUACUUAACUGUUUAAGUGUUUUAUUUGUUAUUUUAUGUUGCAUUUGUUUAAUGAAAAAAAUAUAUAUUAUAUAACAGUAGCAGUAAAGUUAUACAAAGAAAUUGGGCUUUAAGCUAAUAGGAAUUUUUUUAUAAUAGAUUUCCAGGAAUGAAGAUUCCAAAUUUUGUAGAUUGUUUUGGAAUUCUGUGGAAGUGUUUUAAUUACUUCAGUUGUCAGUACUGACAUUCCUGUUAUUUCUGAUAUUAUGUAUUUAUUAUUUAUUAGAUACAUAUAUUUAAUAUGUAUUUAAUGUAUAUAUUUAUUUUUAAAUGUAUGUUUAUAUUGAUGGUACUAUAGUAGUCCUAGUGUUUAAAGACUCCUGAUAUGGUUUGGCUAUGUCUUUUCUACUAAAUUACUGCAGGUCCUGAGUAGAUGAACUUCUGCUUUGACAUUUUUCUGUCACUGACAUAGAUUGGUACCUGGAGUUUACAUUUUAAAGACAAAAUCAAUCACAUACAGGUGAUAAAAGUGCUUCACUGUUAUUAAAACCUCUGUUUACACAGUUGUACUGACUAUGUUUACAGGUAUACCAGAUAUAUGUCUAUUUACUGUGUACUUUGAUUAAGGCAGGCUGCUUUCUGUACACAAUGUGUCAGCGUCCGUUUUGCUUAAAUAAAAAAAUGUUUACAUUACAUUGCA